UCCCGAGCGCACACCGAGCCUCGCCGCCUGCCCGCUCUUCUCCUCUCGCUUCAGCCUCUUUGAGCGUUUUUGCCUCCUCCGUUGAUCCUCAUCUCUCUGCAUCCAUCCAUUCGUCAGACGCUUCAUCCGCCCGUCUCUCCAGCAUGUCGCUGAAGGUCCAGACCAGUAAUGUGACCAACAAGACAGACCCGAAGUCCAUCAACUCCCGGGUGUUUAUUGGCAACCUGAACACAGCGGUGGUGAAGAAGUCAGACGUGGAGAGCAUCUUCUCCAAGUAUGGCCGCGUGCUGGGGUGUUCCGUGCACAAGGGCUACGCUUUCGUCCAGUACGCCAGCGAGAGGCACGCCAGGGGGGCCGUGAUCGGGGAGAACGGCAGGGUGUUGGCCGGACAGACGCUGGAUAUCAACAUGGCAGGAGAACCGAGGCCAAACAGACCCAAAGGCCUGAAGCGAUCGGCGGCUUCUCUCUACAGUGGCUACGAGUUUGACUACGACUACUACAGAGAGGACUUCUAUGACAGGUUAUUUGAGUACCGUGGCAGGGUGUCUCCGGUCCCUCGGGUGGUGCCUGUCAAACGCCCGCGGGUGGCGGUGCCGCUGGUACGGCGGGUCAAAUCUCUGCCGGUCAAACUGCUGGCGCGUAACGCCUCAGUCCUCCCCACCAGCAACGGAAACAAACAGAGAUCAGUGAAGGGGACAGAGCUUCAGGCCAUCAAGUCAGAGCUGACUCAGAUUAAAGCCAACAUCGAAGCUUUGCUGGGCAGACUGGAGCAGAUCACAGAAGACACACACAUCACCGCCACAGAGCUGAGGAAGGCAGAGGAGUGUAAGAGCGAGGAGGCGUGGCAGGAAGGGGAGGAGUCGAGCUCGGAGCUGGACGACGAGGAGGAGCACAGACAGAACAGCGAAGCUGAAGAAGAGGAGGAGGAAGAGGAGGAAGACGACGAGGAGGAGGAGGGAGAGCACAGGCAGGACGGAACCCACGAGCAUAUGCCGGAGAACAGUCACGUAUCAUCAGAGAUGGACUCGAUUCACCCAUGA